AUGAUUUCAAUAACUACUAUUUUACUUGCUGUUUUCAUUAAAGGUAACCUUUUUCUUCUAUGAAAAUAGUCCCUUAUAAAACUAUUUCAGAUUCUUUGGGAUAUGUGAUUGGAACUGGUGUUCAAGCAAAUCCAAGUGGUUGUAAUGUCUGUGGAAAUACAGCUGGACAAUGGGCUUUAUGGUCAGAGUGGUCUGCAUGCACCAGUGCCUAUGGAAGUGAGUUUAAAAUAUGAAAAGAUUCUAGAUUAACUGAAAAUCUGUUUUCAGCUCCAGUAGAAACCCGUCAACGAACAUGUCCAUCAAAUAAUUGCCAAGGUGGUUUGCCAAGCGAAACAAAACCCUGUGUACUUUAUGACCCAACACCAGCUCAGCCACAAUGGGGAGCUUGGGGAGCGUGGAGUUCUUGCAGGUAAAUAUUUAUUAUUUGCCUUUCAACAGUUUUUAAUCGAAUUUAAUUUACGGAUUAAAAACAAAUUUGUUUUUUUUUUUGCAGUGCCAGUUGCGGUGGUGGCACAAUGAGUCGUAAUCGUGUUUGCAAUAAUGGUUGCUCAUCUUGUCAAUGCGUGGGAGCAUCAACUGAAUCUCAAACGUGUAACAAUCAAGCCUGCUGCAGUUAUUCAAACUGGUCAGCAUGGUCAGCUUGUUCAGUGACUUGUGGAAGUGGUGGAAGUGUUACUCGCACAAGACAAUGUAGUUGUGGAGCUAAUGCAGUGAGUUUCAAACAUCAUAAAAAAGUCCAAGAGUUCAAUUCAAUUUUUAAGUGUGUCGGAGCAAGAAUCGAGCAACAACCAUGUCAACAAUUGGCUGCAUGCCCUUGCAAUACUUGUUACCAACCACCAACUCCUUGCAAUACUUGUCAAACACAACCAGUUAUUGUGACAACACCGGCUCCACCGAGUUGCUCAACUUGUGGCUCACCACAACCAUAUUAUGAUCCAUAUGGAAAUGGAAAGAGAAAAUAA